AAUAUAUGUGUGUCUUUACCAUAAAUAUUAGUUUAUUAGAUGGUCAGAAGUGAUAAGUUCACUUCUUUCCAGUGAAGUGCAUUGAUAACAUUACCCAGCCAGUCACCUGAAAAAAAUCACGAUGACCCUGACUUCAGCAUAUGCUCUGUGCCUCUUCACAGUCACCUUCCUAGGGUUGCCAGGAGAUGACUGUAUGGAAAUUAUUGGAGGCAAAGAAGUGGCAAGAUAUUCCAGACCAUACAUGGCCCUCGUUCAAAAUCAGAAUUCAUCAGUAUGUGGAGGAACUCUAAUCAAGCCAAACUGGGUUCUGACUGCAGCUCACUGUAUUUCACAGAAAUUAAAGGUUACGCUUGGGGCCCAUUCAAUUUCAAAGUCUGAAAAAGAGAAGCAGAUAUUUGUGGUCAAGAAAGCAAUUAUGCAUCAGUGCUUUGACAACGAAACGAGAACAAAUGAUCUUAUGCUGCUCCAGCUUGAUAAACCAGCAAAACUGAACCGCUUUGUCUCAACUCUGAAACUCCCAUCAGUUUCAUCAUUCAAAGACAUCAAAGCAAACACUCUGUGCUCUACAGCUGGAUGGGGACGAAUAAGCAACAAAAAGAACUCCGACUCUGAUGUGUUAAUGGAGGUCAACAUCACUGUCAUAGAAAGGGCCAAAUGCCAGAAAACUUUUAUCAAAGAAAACCAAGUCAUUACACGUAACAUGUUGUGUGCUGGAGACAAAAGAGGCAAAAAGGAUACUUGUGAGGGUGAUUCAGGUGGACCUCUUAUUUGUAAUAAUGAAUUUGCAGCCAUCACUUCAUUUGGUUCCAGAAAAUGUGCAUCAAAACCAGGGGUUUACACCUUGCUUACCCCCAAAUACAUCCAGUGGAUUCAUAAUAUAACUGGGGGUGAAUUUAAAGGAAUAAAUGCUCUUUAAACAUA